AUAGGAGUCGGGGAGAAAGCAGUACCACCCUAAUCGUACAAAGUACAGUGGCUAAAUAGCACUCAGAAAUAUAAGUUUUUCCACUCAGUUGUGGUGUAAAGGUCUGCCUUCAAGAUGGACGAGGAUAGAGGGAAAGCAACCGAUCAAAUGAAGCUUUGGAAAGAGGGCCGAAGAUCUCAGAGGCCAGAGAACCUGACCACUGGUGCUGGUCACCCAAUAGGGGACAAGCUGAAUAUAAUAACAGCAGGUCCCCGGGGGCCCCUCCUAGUGCAGGACACCCCGUUCAUAGACGAGAUGGCCCACUUCGACCGCGAGCGCAUCCCAGAGAGGGUGGUGCACGCCAAGGGAGGCGGAGCUUUUGGGUACUUUGAGGUGACACAUGACAUCUCUCGCUACUGCAAGGCCAAGGUGUUUGAGCAUGUUGGCAAGACCACACCUAUCGCCAUUCGCUUCUCCACCGUGGCUGGGGAAUCGGGCUCAGCAGACACAGUGCGAGACCCACGUGGCUUUGCAGUCAAGUUCUACACUGACGAGGGCAACUGGGACCUUACUGGCAACAACACCCCCAUAUUCUUUAUCAGGGAUGCCAUGCUGUUUCCAUCCUUCGUCCACUCUCAGAAGCGCAACCCCCAGACUCACCUGAAGGACCCAGACAUGGUGUGGGACUUCUGGAGCCUGCGGCCUGAGUGUAUGCAUCAGGUGUCGUUCCUGUUCAGUGACCGUGGUCUGCCCGACGGCUUCCGCCACAUGAACGGCUACGGAUCCCACACCUUCAAGCUGGUCAAUGCCGAGGGUCAGCCAGUCUACUGCAAGUUCCACUACAAGACCAACCAGGGUAUCAAGAACAUGAAACCUGAGGACGCCGAGCGCCUGGCCUCCACCGACCCGGACUACGCCAUCCGAGACCUUUACACCUCCAUCGCCAACGGCAAUUUCCCCUCCUGGUCAUUCUACAUCCAGGUCAUGACCUUUGACCAGGCUGAGAAGUUCCAGUGGAACCCCUUUGACCUGACCAAGGUGUGGUCUCACAAGGAGUACCCUCUCAUUCCCGUGGGGAGGUUGGUGCUCAACAGAAACCCUGCCAACUACUUUGCUGAGAUCGAGCAGCUGGCCUUUGACCCCAGCAACAUGCCCCCUGGUAUCGAGCCCAGCCCCGACAAGAUGCUGCAGGGGCGUCUGUUCUCCUACCCAGACACACACCGCCACCGGCUGGGAACCAACUACCUGCAGCUGCCCGUCAACUGCCCCUUCAAAACCCGUGUGUCCAACUACCAGCGAGACGGGCCCAUGUGCAUGUUCGACAACCAGGCUGGCGCUCCCAACUACUUCCCCAACAGCUUCAGUGCUCCAGAGACCCAGCGGCAGAACGUGGAGACCAGGUUUAAGGUGUCCCCAGACGUGGGCCGCUACAACAGCGCUGACGACGAUAAUGUCACACAGGUGCGUACCUUCUUCACUGAGGUGCUGAAUGAGGAGGAGCGCCAGAGGCUCUGUCAGAACAUGGCUGGUGCCCUGAAGGGAGCCCAAGUCUUCAUCCAGAAACGCUGGGUGCAGAACCUGAUGGCUGUGCAUGCAGACUAUGGAAACGGGGUUCAGGCCCUACUCAACAACGCUGAACCCACGAAGGACUCCGUGAGAGUGUACACCCGUGGAGGUGCGUCUGCCAUCGCUGCCUCCUCCAAGAUGUGAUGCCUUAACUUCCACCUGGGGGCAGUUCCACCUGUUGCACUUACCAUCCACUAUAGAAGAUCGUACUACCAACCGUCCGUAAAUGCUAUAGAUAAUUAAAUGGCAAACGAUCAUGAUUAUUAUUUUUGUAAUUCCUCAGGCUACUUACUGCACAGAUGACGAGAGAGUCAGUUCUUACAUGUAGUUUCCUGUCCAUUUUGCCUAAGUUCACACAGACAUGAAUAUAGUCAGACUGCAGCCCUAUGGGAGAAGAUCUGACCCACAUCAGUCAAAUACACAUGCUAUCUGAAAAGCCAUGCAUUUAUUCAGUUGUUUUAUAGUAUAAUUUUCAUUCCAUUGUCAGUAUAGUGUUUCAUCUCUUUCCCAAUUACUUAUUGUGUAUGUGUCCAUGCCUCAUGUAUGCCCUGAUAGUUAGCUUAAUAAACAGGUAUGUGUUAGCUAGAUAGUUAACUUAAUAAACAGGUAUGUGUUAGCUAGCCUAUAUCCUAGUUCAAAUAAGAUUCAUAAUUAUUUUACAGUAUGUAGCAGUUUAAACUUCUGAGUUCUCUUCAAACAUUUUUCAGUGCUUAGGCCUACACCAUAUUUCUUGGUUAUAUUAGAAAUGGUUUCAGGCCAUCGAUCGGUGUGAUUCAGACAUUAAUUAAGUCAUCGUCCUCGCAGCCAAACCAACACAGCAGUGCCUUUUGGGUUAGACACAAAUCCCUAACACCAUGGCAGGAUCAGGGCUUUGCCUAGACUCGCUAUAAAACAAAAUGGUCAUGUACCACCAUGUAUGUGCUAACUGUAAGUCGCUCUGGAUAAGAGCGUCUGCUAAAUGACUAAAAUGUAAAUGUAAUGUACCAAAUGUUUAGUGUAUAUUAGUGUUGAUUUGUGUAGAUACACUGUACCAGAAUGAAUCACUGGAGAGUUGUAGUUUGGUUGAGUUAGGGCUGGGGAAUUAAGAACCACCACUGUUUCCUGUACAGGAAACGUAGUCCUUAUCUCUUCUCACAAGCCUCCAGACUCGAUUGCUAUGUUGCAGCUUAUCACUGUUAGUGUUUCGGUGUUAGGUAGCAUUCCCUCUCAUAUCGCCCGUCUGAAGAGAAGUGAUUUGCUAUAUUAACAUGAAAUUGUGACCAGCUUUGAACCACAAAAUGAUGCCACUAAAUCAAAAGCUAAUGCUAUAUGUGUGGUUUUGGUGUGUGUCUGGUUUACAGGCCUAUCUUACCUCCAGGUUAUGCAGGCUUUUGUUAUAGCCCAGGACUAUACCUGAUUCUACAUAUCAAGCCCUUGAUUAGUUGAUAGAGGAGUGUUACUAGGCUGGAAUAAAAGCCUGCACACCCUGUUGGUCUCCAGGACCAGUAUUGAAUACAUUGAGAAUGUUUAUAGGGUUGUCAUCUGUGCUGCUGUUCAAGCCGUGAAUGGUGGUUUGUCCUUUGGAGGUCCCAGCAUUUCAACGCGAUAUUCAGGUCCAUUAGAAGAUUUACAAAUGCAAACAGACACAGGAGAGUGGUUAAGACUUUAAAGUAAGCAUACCAGACACUCAACAGACAGAGCUAUGGGUAAACACUUUGACAAUGACUGAUUUCAACUGUACAAAACAUUUAAGCCAGGUUCAUACUUUGUUUCCAUCAAUUAAUUUUCAACUAUAGGUCUACAUUGUCUGAAUAGUGAGUAGGUAGCUAGCAUUUUCUUCACACAGUGUAACCAGUUGAUAAUAUUUUAUAGGUCAUGUGGGGGAAUGAUUUAGCUUUAUUAUGUUGUAUAUUUCCACACUUUGCUUUAUAAUAUAAUUGUUUAAACGAUCAAUUAACCAUAAACAUAACAUCUCAAUUGAA